GGAGGAGGCCCAGCCCCCUGCCUUCCCUCCCUGCCCCCAGGUAUAAGAGCUGAGCUCAGGUGCGCCAACUCCUCGCGUCCUGUCUCAGCAGCUCCCAGCAGGCAGACCAUGAGCCAUCGGCUCCGCUGGAGCCAGCUGUAGGACAACACAACUCUCACCAGGACAAGCGCACCGGGCACCAUGGGACAGUGUCGGUCCGCCAAUGCUGAGGAUGCGCAGGAAUUCAGCAAUGUGGAGAGGGCCAUUGAGACCCUCAUCAAGAACUUCCACCAGUACUCUGUGGAGGGUGGGAAGGAGACGCUGACCGCCUCCGAACUACAGGACCUGGUCACCCAGCAGCUGCCCCACCUCAUGCCGAGCAACUGUGGGCUGGAAGAGAAAAUUGCCAACUUGGGCAGCUGUAACGAUUCUAAACUGGAGUUUGGGAGUUUCUGGGAGCUGAUUGGAGAAGCAGCCAGGAGUGUGAAGCUGGAGAGCCCUGUCCGGGGCAGCUGAGAACCUUUUCCUGGAAUUCUUGAGGGGAUGUUGGGGUCUAGAAAUAAAAGUCCUCUCCACCUGCACCACGUGACUCCCCCGUCUGCACCUGCCUCACCUCUGCAAGGUUCAAGUCCUCAGUGACCCUUCCCAGGGCUCUCUGUGCACUUCAUCCCUGGGAGCGCCAUGGAGCUACCGGGUCCAGGAGUCCCCACCAGAGGGAGGCUCGGGGGUGGGUGGGGGCCAGGGUUAGGUGUGGUGAGAUGCUGGAGGGAUAAGGGUGGUGAGAGGGCCAAGUAAUUUGGUUCGGGGGGGGGUGGGUGGGAGGGCAGAGAGGAGGUGGGCUACCGGAAAUGAUUGGAAGAAGGGGGCUGGCAAUAGGGCUGGGUAUUUGUUACGAAGAAGGGUCUCUGAGAACCUACCCUUCCCAAUCUCUUCCCCAACCCACACAGUAGCUGUCUGUCUGGUGCUACACCUUCCUGCCUCCAGCUCUGCCCAGCCUCGUCCCAGGACUCUGUCCCUGGCCUAGGGCAGGGGACGAGAAAGAGCAGGCUGAGGGAGAGGCAGAGGAGGGUGUGACUUUGGGAGAGGACCAGCUGGGUGCUUGGGCAUUUAAAGGAUGAUGGUUGUUUUGUAUCAUUUGAUUAAUAAAAAAAUGGAAA